AUGGCGCACUCAAAGCGCAACACCUCCCUCCCCCAUUUCACCGCCUACGAACGCAGCCUCCUCAGAAACAGCUGGGGUACAAAGCGCAGCAUAAUAGGCCGAGACUCAUUCCUCCCCUUCGCCUCCUGCAAACUAUGUCUUCAACCCGCCCGCAGUCCCGUCGUUGCUUGCGCCACAAAAGGCGAUCUCUUCUGUCGCGAAUGCGCAAUCAAUGAUCUCCUCGCUCAGAGGCAGGAGAUCAAGCGGCUAGAGCGGGAACGGGAUGAGGCGCGGAAGCGCAUUGCGGAUGACGAGAAGCGUGGGCUAGAAGAGGCAAGACUGAAAGAAGUUGCUGACUUUGAGCUCGUUUCUAUGGGAUUAGAAGGUGCGAAUGCGAAGAAGAGAAGGGCUCUUGAAGAGAAUGUGGAGUCAAGUACAAGUGCCGAGGCGAGUGCGAAACGGAAGAAGGUUUUUGAGCUUGAUGAGGAAGAGAUUAGGAAAGCUGAGAACGAGAGGAUGAAGGAGGAGUUGAAGAAAGAGAAGACCGAGUCAAGCAAAUCUGCUCUUCCUUCGUUCUGGGUUCCGUCGUUGACACCAAAUACCGAUGCGGAUGAGAUUGCAGCGAACAAAACUGUCAAGCUGGCUCCUAUUUGCCCUGGGUCCACGGAGACGGAUCGACAUAAUUACUCGUUGAAAUCGUUGGUUGAGGUGCAUUUCACAGAGGAGAAGACGGCGGAUGGGUCCGCGUCUAGGAUUUGUCCCAGUUGCAAGAAGAAUCUUAGCAACGGGCUUAAAGCUAUGCUUACUAAACCAUGUGGUCAUGUUAUCUGCUCGCCUUGUGUGACCAAGUUUAUGACACCACAUGAUACCCCCGAUCCCCAUGCUUCAAAGGAGGAACAAGAAGCUCAUAGUCGAAUUUUGUGUUAUGUGUGUGAAACAGACCUAACAGAGAAAUCCACUCUCGGGAAGGGAGAAAACGGAAAAAAGAAGUCAAAGAAGGAUAAGGAUGCCAUCAAGCCUGGUCUGGUGGAGAUCAGUUCAGAAGGAACCGGAUUCGCAGGAGGCGGCGGUAAUGUGGCUAUGAAGAGCGGAGUAGCCUUCCAAUGCUGA